AUGGACUCCCUCACCCCAAAUGAGCAGCAGAUGCUCGCCAAACGCAUGGAGCAGAAGCAGAUGAAGGAGGUCAUGAACGCAUACUCAAACGUCGUUCAACGCUGCUUCGAGGACUGCAUCUUUGAUUUCACAACCAAAUCGUUGACCCCGAGAGAAGUCGGCUGCACCAACCGCUGCUUUGACAAGUUCGUCAAGGCAUCCGAGCGAGUGACCCUUCGUUUCCAGGAGCAGAAUGCCGCCAUGGCCCAGUCUGGCAAGCUUCCUGGCAGCAGCUAA